AUGAACAUGAUCUUAAUUGGAGUUGAUACGAAUGUAUUCUUAGAUAGUUUGGAGUGUGUGAAAAGGUUAGUAGUGCAUUUAAAUAGUCUAAAUGCUGGAAUCUUUGUGCCUCGGGUGAUAAUUAGGGAGUUAGAUGCGAUAAAAACCAAAUCAGCCACUGCUCGUGAAGCGACUAAGUACAUACUAAGCGAAAUGGGCCGAUCGGUUAACCAGAAAGUCUUUGUAGAGAACUCAAUUGAAGUACAAGGACAGACUAAUGAUGAUACAUUUGCUAUUGCCUGUUUAAACAACCAUGUGGAUAUUAUACUAACUAACGAUACGGCUUUACGAGUGAAGUCUAUUAGUGCAGGAACACCAGCUAUAGCUACUGUUGGGAAAACAGCUGAAGAUUUAUGUCGUGAAAUAGAAGAGCAUCUUAAGGAUAGUGACUUUAUGGAGACUGAGCUUAGAGGAGACUAUGUUGGGGAAAGGAAUUCAGUUGAGUCUUCAGUAGCCCAUUUGAUUUAUACGAAGCGUCUGCAUCCAAAGUUAGUUAAAGAACUUGGGGCUGAUCUUAUUUCAGACUAUGUACCAGAUACAAUUGCUUACUCAUUGUCCGCCCAACUCAAGUACAUUGUGAAGAACUAUGAGACUUUCACGGGAAUGCUACCACGGUAUGCCAAAGGAAUCUUCCAAGGGAAGUUGAAGAAAGAGUUAGAGCUAGCCGAUAUUGAAGAGAUUCUUUUGAUUCUUGGUAUUGAUCCACCCGAGUGGUUCAAGCAAAUGCAGCCAUAA